AUGACCAACGCCGUGGCAAAUAGCUAUGCUUCUGUUACGAAGGAUACUGGUAUCUCAGGGGCUGCUAGCCCAACUGAAUGGCUGUUGACAACUCCUGGGAAUAUCAACACGAACGCGCUGCAGAACUUUGGUCAAGUUUCACUGGAUGACGAGGCUAGUAUUGCGAAGCAGCUGAUCAAAAGCUUCCAAGGCAAAGCUCCCUUGUAUUCCUACUGGAAUGCUUGCUCCCAAGGUGGCCGUCAAGGCCUCAAACUUGCUCAACAGUAUCCUUCGGCGUACGAUAGGAUCAUCGCAGCUGCUCCAGCAAUCAACUGGGCCGAGUUCUAUAUCAAUUCCAUCUGGCCAGUAUUCUACAUGGAGCCUACUCAACAGUUACCCCACGACUGUGAGCCUACUGCUAUUACUCAGCUUCGACGCCGACGCUUGUCGCAAAUUAACCCUUUCAGACAUGUUGGCAAGUCUUUUAACUGCACCAGCACCAAGUCGGAGCUCAAGAUCAGCCACGCAGCUGCUUCCGUCGCCAAUGCCUCGUGGACCGGUCCCCGUUUCUCUAACUGCAAGUCAAUGUACCCUGGCUACGAUAUCAGCAGCGAUCUCCCCACGCUUGCCCCGACAAACUGUACCGGCGCGGUUUGCAAGAGUGGAGGCGAAGGCUCUGUCGAGUUUUCUUGGAAGACCUUUGUGAAGAAAGACAUGACAGCGACACUGAAGAACGCCACUGGUCGCGAAUUCGGUACUAUCUACCAUCACGUCAAGCAGAUCUUUACUUCCAACCUCGAGACUAACGAGGUUGAGUUACGAGGCUUUAGAGAUGCCGGAGGAAAGAUGAUUACUUAUCAUGGCCUGGUAAUAUAUCUUGCAUUCAAGGUCCGAUUUCAAGCUAAGAUUUCCCAGGCCGACCCGAACAUCUCCCCUGGUGGCACGCUUCGGUAUUACAACAAAGUAUCGGACUUUGUAGGCAACAUUACUCCUUUCUAUAAGUACUACCAGGUACCUGCUCUCGGACACUAG